AUGAAUGAGGUGCUACAGCUGCUCAUUAAUGUGGAACGACACCCAAUUUAUGUCCACUGCUUGGACGGUCGCCAUAUUGUUGGAUUAGUCAUUAUGGGUUUGCGUAAGCUUCAAUUUUGGGAGGUGAAUUGUAGCCAUUUGGAAUACCAACGCUUUACAAGAAGUGUACAAGACGAGGUGGCAUUUAUCACUGAUUAUAGUGGACCUAUUGCCGUGCCCAUGCGCAUCCCAUCCUGGCUUUGGAAGGGCACCUGGUUUGACGCUUUGGGGAAGCCCAGACGCAUUCAUGUGGGCAUUCGUCUCAAAUUUCCAUCUGUAUCACGUAACAUGGAAAGCACUGAGGGUUCGGGUUCGGUCCCAUCGUGGGGACGCGAAGGUGUAAACUGCACCUCCACAAACCCCAGCACCAGGAAUCUUACGCCGGAGCGUCUCACCUCACCUACGCGGACGGCAGAGGGCCCAACAUCACCGCUGCACAUGGCAAUUGUGACACCUAACACCGGGAAUGGUGCCGAGAGUGGGGUGGCGUACGUUGACUUGCCGAGCAUUACGCCGGCGAAGCUUAUUGGACCGGCAAUUGGCGCGCGUCACUCAGCGUUUGCGAUACAGACUGAAAAGCCACUGGCCGCAGACUUGCGCCUCUUGUCUUUGCGCACCUCCGCUGAGACAGUCUCAGGGUCGUCAGCGGUAACAGCACCGCCACCACUAUCGUCGAUGCUGACCCUUUCAUCACGAGGGUGGGACAUCGGGGAGGCAUUCUCUGUUGCUGGAAUGGUGCCUCAAGGGAGCAGCAGUGCUGUCGCGGGGUUGCCCUCAACCGCUACAGCGAUAGGGAGUGAACUCUCGGCAGUGAGUCGUUCCACCACGCAACGUGGCACACCACUGGCCGGUGGUAUGAAAUUGUGGGAAUUUGAUGAUGAUACAAAUGGCUCUCACUUCUCCAUGCAACAUGGCGUGCAUGGAAUGGUGAAUACCUCACUGCAGCGAUGGAAUGAAUGGAAUCAUUCUUCUGCGUCAUCGACGAGGUACUCCUCACGUUCGCGCCGGCAAUUGCAAUACUUUGUUGCAGAAGCAGCUGGUUAUGGCCCAUCAUCUGAAUCUGUCGCCAGCACAAAAAAGACAAGACGUCGAAAUUCCCUCUGA